CAGGGAGACAUAGAAGAACAAAAAAACACAAACAAGCAGACUAAGCCUAACUUCCCUGCCUCAUUCAUACAUUUGCCAAAGAUGUAGUAGAGAAGGGAAGCAAAAUGCAGACCUGCUUUGGUUGCAGCAUCUCAGCCCAUCCCUUGUUCUUUUGUUCCUUCUCAGCCCAGCCCACUUAAAUCUGGCAUGUUAUCCCAUGGCAGAAAUGCAUAACUCCUAGCAACUCCAAUUCCCCUUCAUCAUUGAUUAGUGAUGGGAAAAUUAGCCCUUCUUGUCUUCCAUGUCCCCUUUCUUUUCAACUGACAGUUAAAAUUCACAUCUAAUUUCUUCUCCAUGUUUUUUUAACUUGUUGAAAAGUUUAUGCCUAGCUGUAUAUUAUAUAUAUGUUGCACCAUGUUUUAUGUGUGUGUAUACAAAUUAAAUUAAUACUUUGUUGAGAGAGAAAUAGAAUAUUAGUGUUUGGACUUUGGAAGUAUAGUUCAAUGGAGUCCAGCAGUACAGCUAGAAAUCUUCUAAGGUUUGCAGCUUUUUCACCAGCUUACUAUCAAGGGAGGAAGGAAGAUAAUAGCAGCAGAAACAUCAUUGAUUUGGGAUUAAGCCUUGGGGUUAUGAACAACCAUGAAGAGACUAAUUACCAUAAUCCAUCUCCAUGUGAAAAUAGCUACGAAGAGCUGAUAGAUUGGCAAGAUUUGCACCCACAGCCAGGGAAUAGAAGAAUUAAGGGAAGGAGUGUGCAUUUAAGAAAGUACUCAUCAGCAGAGACCUGUGAUGAAGAAGACGAUGAUGAAGUGAUUGAAAGCAAAGAGAAGAGAUGGGCUUAUGUGAAAGUCAACAUGGAUGGAGUCAUCGUUGGAAGGAAAAUUUGCCUUCUUCAUCAUUUCAGUUACCACACUCUUGCUCUUCAGCUAGAAGACAUGUUCGGGAAGCAAUCCAAAAGAGGGUUAAUAAGGUUAUUCGAAGAAGGUUCAGAGUUUUCCCUAUUUUAUAAGGAUGGAGAUGACGUGUGGAAGAUGGUUGGAGAUGUUCCUUGGGAGGAUUUCGUGGAUGCCGUGAAGCGACUGCGAAUUGUGAGGAAGAAGCAACCAUCCCUUUUUGAUCAAUGUUAUAAUUUUCCAAAUUAGACUAAAAAAGAAAAGAAAAACAGAGAAUGAUCAAUUUUCUGAGAUGACCUUUAAGUUUAGAAUGUUUCUCAAAAAAUGGUCUUUUAGAUCAAUUAAUUUUGACAAUCUCGAUAAGCUAAAUUAGGAUGUUUCUACUUGAUUUGUUGGUCUGGUCUGUCUGAACUGGUCUAGUCUGGUCUGAUUUCUUUGUAUUUUUAUAACUACCCAAGUCUGGUCUGAUCUGAUCUGGGACAAAUUACUGUCCAAGUAAAAACAUCCUUAGAUAACACUAAUUAUUUUUGGAGGAAUAGUUAUUUUGAGAUGUACCAAGAGUCUAAGGUUGUAAUUCUUCCCAAAAAUGUAAGUCUGAUCGACACAUUUAGCUUUUAUUGCUCCAAUAUAUUUUUUUCAUUUGUAA